CGGCCCCCGGCGCUCGCUGAGGCGCCGAUGGCCGCGUCGGGCUCCGGCCCCGGCUCCGGGGCGACCCCCGGGCUGGAGGCGGCGACCCUGCAGAAGCUGGCGCUGCGGCGGAAGAAGGUGCUGAGCGCCGAGGAGAUGGAGCUGUACGAGCUGGCGCAGGCGGCGGGCGCCGCCAUCGACCCCGAUGUGUUCAAGAUCCUGGUGGACCUGCUGAACCUGAACGUGGCCCCCCUCGCCGUCUACCAAAUGCUGAAGGCUAUGUGUGCCGGGCAGAGGCUGGCCAGCGAGCCCCAGGACCCCCUGCCCACGUCAGGCUUGCCGGAGACCCGAGAGGCCUCCUUUCCCUCUGCCAGGAACAGUAGCCCCCCGGCAAGGCCCUCCUUUUCCUCGGCUCUGCUCCUCGGCCCAGCUGCCACGCCCUCACCUCUCUCUCCGGGGCCCCCUGCUUCCCUGCGGUUCUCUUGCUGCCUGUUCUCUCCUUUCGCAGGGAGAAACAAGGGCAGCGCCACGGUCCUGGCAGAACGCAGCAGCCGCGAUGGAUCCAGCCAGAGGCUGCCCCGCCAGCCCAGCGCCAGCAGGCUGCCCAAGGGGGCUGCGCCUGCCAAGAGUCCAACUCGGAGCAACUCCUAGGACGGGAAUGGCGACAUGGCAGCAGCACGCCAACCUGCGCGGGUCCUCCACCCACCCCUCCUGGCACAGCUAAGGCUGUUUCCUCCAGUUGAAAUUC